AUGGCAGUAGGGUACAAAGGAAAGCCGAAUUUUAGAAGCUCAGCUAAGAGCCACUGGAGUCGCGGAAAACUUCUAGUGCCGGCGACGGUCGUGCUGUUAGCGGCAGUCGGCGUGCUACACUACUACUCUUACGUUAAAGGCCAUCAUGCUACUAAUGAAUUCGCCAAUAUCGAAGGUGUCAUACGACGCGAGCUAGUGGACCAGGGAUCGGAUCCUGAAUGCCACGUCGACCCCAGUCCUGCCACGUGUCAGCACAUCGACCUCGUCGCGUUUGCCACGGUCAGUGGGCCUGCCUUGGUUGAUCCUUGCCGCAAGCUCGCGACCAUCAAUCCCCAAGUGCUCCACGUGGACAAUAAGUUUAAUUUCAUGUUCCCCAUGGGCUCUCUCUUCUCCCUCUUUCCUUUCCACAUCCCAGCGAUGGGAGACUCUGUGUUUGGCUUGGCGCACCCGGUAGCAGCAGUGCAUCGACUCGCCGUCCAAGUGCUCUGGCUGACAGAUAGCUCCUUUGACCUCUCUUCUCCCUCUUUCCCCUCUCAUCUCUCCUUCUUGUAUCCACCUCGCCCUACUCCCCGCCUGGAGACUGUGUGUUUGGCGCACGCGGUAGCAGCAGUGCAUCAGCUCACCGUGCGAGUGCUCUGGCUCUCAGAUGAGCCGCCAGCAAGCCAACAACAGCCGCAGCAGCAGCAGCAGCAGCAGAGGGUGGGCAUGCCGUACGUGCCGUUCUCAGCCCUGUUUGAGCCGGCGCUGACGGUGGUGGAGACGAAUCUCUCUGCUGCUGAUGCCACAAGGAGGCCGUUCUCAGCCCUGUUUGAGCCGGCGCUGACGGUGGUGGAGACGAAUCUGUCCGCUGCUGAUGCCACAAGGAGGUUCAUUUACGAGCUCUUCACUCCCAAGGCGCUGGACAGUGAGGAGGUGGCGGGGCGGCCCUUGGGAUUGCCGCGGAAGCUGACCCUGCAUGGGUGGUUCCGCACUGAGUCCCUGCAGCGCAGCAAUGUGGAGGAGUGGCAGGAAGAGCGCGUGGGGUGUCUCGUGUGGGCGCACGUGCAGAAGUGUUAUGCAAAGCUGCAGCCUUCUCCUGCUGUAGCGGCGAUGGUGCGAGAGGAGGGGGUGAGCCAGACGCGCGUGGAGAGCAGCAUUGGCGUCUACCUUGAUGCCACCCCCCGAGGCACCUGCCCCGGCUGCCCCUCCUCCCUGAAUCCUGCCGACUGUGCCGCCCGGACCCUCGCCCUCACCAUGCUCCACCGCCCGUCCAUCGAUUUCACGCUCGGCUCCGCCGUCCAGUCGCACCCGGCGCACAUCGUCUCUUUCUUUGAUGCUGACCGCGCGCCGUACGUGUCGCCGUCCGCCGCGUUCCGGGCGGCAAACUGUGGGGAGAAGCUGGUGCAGGCGAUGGGGGAUAAGGGGGAGGGGGGGGAGGGGGCGGCUGAACGGCUGGCUGAAAUGGUGGUGACAUGCAAGCAGCGAGAGGUCGCCGAUCUCUUCCUCCUCGCGCAGACCACCGGCCUUGUGGUGAUGGAGCCGAGCACGCUCUCAGACUUCAUCGCAGCGAGGGGGAGGCACCGCCUCCCCUCCUUCCGCCUCUUCACGCCGCUGUGCCUGGCGGAACGCGCCUGGCCCAUGACUGUGCAGCCAUUCGCCUACUUCUUUGCUGUUGAACCUACCCUAGGCAUAGCCUACUGCAGCAUGCCCAAGGUCGCCUGCACGGGAUGGAAGAUGUGGCUCCGAGCCAUGCUCGGCUUGCCCAAGCCCCGAGACCCUUUUCUCGCGCACAGCCACAAGGAAUCAGGCCUGGGAGACCUCUCCCAGAAAUACUCUGAGAAGCAAGCCACUAAGCUCAUGACCCGCCGAACCAUGUUCAAAUUCACGUUCGUUCGGAACCCAUACGUGCGGAUAGCCUCAACGUACCUGAACAAGCUCGUGAUCACCGAUGCUCCGGAGAGGAAGGAGGGGUGGGGCACGAGGAAGUUUUGGAACCAGGAGUUUUUUGGGACGGCGAAGAGGAUUUUGGAUUUAUUGAAGGAUCCAGCGACAGAUCUUGUGAGCUUUCCGGAUUUUAUUCGGCUGCUGGAUCAUCUGCGGCGGACGCGUGUCAAAACGGACCGACACAUCUCAAGACAGGUGGACAUCUGUGGCUUGGCACACGUUCAGUAUGACUUUGUGGGUCGUUUUGAGCACCUGGAGGAGGAUGUGAGGCGGGUUACAGCAAGAUUCAACGACUCGCAUCUUGAUAUUUUCAACUUUGGCAAGUCGGUGCAUGCGACGAAUUCUGAGGCGCAACUUGCCCGACUUUAUGACAGGGAUACGGUGCUGACAGUUUCUCGCAUAUUCAAGAGUGACCUUAAUGUUCCCCUCAACAACAUCACGUAUGAUAUGCCGGAUAUUCUGCGGAAACUUGUUGAAGGUGGUGCAAGUGGUGACACCAAGGUGCUAUGA